CCAUAUAAAACCCAAGACGACAUGCCCCCGCUUCAGUCCUCCGUUGGGUUUUACCAAAUAGCUGAAAAGCGCCACUUGGUCCAACCCCGACCAAACCCAGUCGCAACCAUGUCGAAGCAUAAGAAGAUUAGGGAGCCAAAGGAAGAGAAUGUCACUCUCGGUCCUGCUGUCAGAGAUGGUGAACAUGUUUUUGGUGUUGCCCACAUUUUCGCCUCGUUUAAUGAUACUUUCAUUCAUGUGACUGAUCUCUCUGGAAGGGAAACUUUAGUCCGUAUUACUGGUGGUAUGAAGGUGAAAGCCGACAGAGAUGAGUCUUCCCCAUAUGCAGCUAUGCUUGCAGCGCAAGAUGUUUCUACUAGAUGCAAGGAAUUAGGUAUUACUGCACUUCAUAUUAAGUUGCGGGCAACUGGUGGCAACAAAACUAAGACACCUGGCCCUGGUGCCCAGUCUGCACUCCGUGCUCUUGCUCGUUCUGGAAUGAGAAUUGGUCGUAUUGAGGAUGUGACUCCAAUUCCCACUGAUAGCACCCGCAGAAAGGGUGGUAGGAGAGGAAGAAGGCUGUGAUGUGAGCUUGCAUUUCACGUAUGGGAACGACUGUUAGUGAAAGACAGUUGGAUUAUGAGAACUCUUAAACUAGCCUCUGCUGCUUUGGAACUGAUAUGUAGCUACUGACUGUACCAAAGAUUUAUAUUUAGUUUCAUUAUGAAGAGAUGGGGGACAGGAAUUGAAACUUUA